UGUGUCCAAAAAAGCUUGGCCAGUGAUGCUCGACAAGGUCAACUUGCACAUGCAUCCUUUCAACUCCUCAAGGUUUUAGGUCUCCGGAAGAACAGUGACAAGCUGGAGUCUAAAAUAACCAUUGAUCCAGAUGCUGUCAGGCUGGUUGCAAGCAAGCUUUACACCACUCUUUGGCACUCUGGCUCUGACAUGGUUGAUGCUGGCAAGCUCACUGUCUUCAUUGAGCGCACCACGGAGUUCAUGAACAUUAUCUACGCUGAGAUUGUGGUAGAGCGGAGGGGUGAAGCCACAGCAAAGCUCAAGGAAUUGAGCUCCUUGCAAUGUCCCACCUAUGUUCCUGGGCAGAUGCAGGCCUUUCUGACCGCCAUGCUGAACGACAAGUUACAUAAAAAGCUGGCGGGUGCUGUUGACGCUCUUGAAGCAUGCCUGCGGAGGGUCAAAGCUGAUAGCGAUGACAUGGAUGUUGACAAGGUCAGCAUCUUGCAUGAGUUUGAACACGCUGAAUCCCAAGCGAGGCACGGCCUCACUUUGUGCUGUUUAACAACAGCGACAAGAAUUUUAUGCUCCAAGGCAGCGUCAAACGGCGCGGCCGCUUUGAAAGGAAGCAUUGACGCAGUUCUUGAUUUUGCAAAGACCGCAAAGCUGACACUGCCAGAAGACAUCAUUCAGCAGCUGUCAAGCGCUCAGCGGAAACUUGUGGCUUCUGCGAGUACAGUUUCAACGAAGAAGCCAUCCGCGACCAAUUCAUAG